AUGGGCGUCAAGGGAUUCGUCGAGGGCGGCAUCGCCUCAAUCGUCGCCGGCUGCUCCACCCACCCGCUCGACCUCAUCAAGGUCCGGAUGCAGCUGCAGGGGGAGGCCUCGGCGGCCGCCGCCGCGCCACAAGCCGCUCUCCGCCCGGCGCUCGCCUUCCGGUCGGGGACACACACCGUCUCCCUCCCGGCACUGCGACAACAAAGCCCGGGCCGAUCUCCGUCGGCGCGCGAGAUCCCUGCGCGCCGAGGGCGCCGCAGCCUCUUCUCCGGCAUCUCCGCCACCGUGCUCCGCCGGACACUCUACUCCACGACGCGGAUGGGGCUCUACGACAUCCUCAAGAAGCGGUGGACGCGGGAGAACGGCGGGGUCUCGCCCCUCCACCGCCGGGACGAGGCGAGCAUGGGCGGGGCACGGGCGGGGGCGAGCCCUGGCGGGCGGAGGUCGCCGGAGCGAAGGCGAGCUGUGGCGGGGCGAGCCGUGGCCGGGCGGGGGCGGAGCUCAUCGGGCUGGUUCAACUAG